UGAGCGCAGAAGAGAGUAUGCGUCUCUCUAACGUGGAGAGAUCAAAACAAGCUGUUAUCUUCAACCUGGCUUCGUGAAAAUGCGACUUAUUGCAGAGGUAGAAGCAGCCUGAAGUGCACAAGUCUCAAUACCACAAACCCAUGGUCAUGGGGAAAAAGAAAGGAAGGAAGACCACCUGCUUACUUACUGAAAAUCUCCAGAAAGAGAAACUGCAGACAGAUAUGGACAGUUCCCUCAUAGAAAGUUCAAGACCAGAAUCAUUCACAACCAGUUCAGGAGAGGCUAGAAAGAAGCAAAAGAGAGUGAAGAAUGAGGACUCCAGACAGCACACUGCAGGACAGCAGCAAAACAGCGAACUCAGAGAGAAGACUAAAAUAAAACAUGUUAGGAACACUCAUAGUGGGAAGGAGCCUUCAAAUGAGACUGACCACCUGCACCAGGAAGACGUAGAUGAGGAAUUGGGUGAAAAGGCUGAAAAAACGAGAAAAAAGAGAAAAAGAGAUAAGCAGAGAGAGACAGAAGACAAUAUAAUGUAUAAAGUAUCUGUGAAUGAUGCUUCAGGGAGAAACACAAGAGGGAAUGUUACAAUGGAAUUGGAAAACGAUGAGGAAAAAAGCAACAAGAAAAGUAAACGUGUUAGAAAAAAGAAAAAUACUAAUGCAGCAACAUGCGGAAAUUCCAGCGAUGAGACUGCUAACGCAGCGCAAGGGGCACAGACAGUGGCAAAUGAGAGUGCUCAGAUGUCGGAGAACAAAUGUGGUUGUAGGGUUGGCACUCAGCCCUUUAAGAAGAAAAAAAGAAAAAGAGACUUGACAGAUGUUGAUGCAGAACUUCUGGAGCAGCUCAGAGAAUUUGUGCCCAAUAUAGAUUCAAGACCACGUCAGGAUAUUGUUAGAAUGAUUAACUGUGACUUGUCGAGGUAUAAGGAAUUCAAGAGGAAAGGUAUCGUCAUGAAUGGUGGAAAGUUCACUGUCAAAGAAAAUGAGAUGCUGAAGAAGAAUGUUGAAGACUUCAUGGCUCUUACUGGAGUAGACAAUCCCACAAAGCUCUUUUUUACUGAUCGCUUCAAGGAGGAGUGUGCACAAAUCAAGAAGCUUAAAAAAGUGCACAAGUUCUUUGAGCGCAUAUCAGAGGGAAUUCCAAGAAGCUGUCUUUAUGUUUACGCCCGUGGGAGAAAAGUCUUUGAUGCCCGCAAUUACAAGGGCCCGUUCACAAAAAGAGAAAUUAACACAUUGCUCAAGUUGCACACGUUACAUGGAAAUAACUGGAAGAAGAUUUCAGACUUGACUGGUCGAAGUGCAUAUUCACUCCAGAAGCGUUACUCUCAGCUCACAACAAAGGGAGGGCCGUGGUCCACAGAUGAGCACCAGAGACUUUUAAGAGCUGUGCGAUAUUACAUAGUCAGGAGGUACCUACCUGGAGCCACUUAUAAAGGUUCAGCUCGCGUGAGCAGAGAAGUGCUGUACAGACAACUUCCCUGGACGGAUAUUGCCGCCAAGGUGAAAACGCGCUCAUGGACCAAGUGCAGGGAGAAAUGGAUGUCAGGCUUACCUAGGAGAAUGUCUUCUGAGGCUUUGCACACAAACAAGAAGAAUGAAGAGGUUAAAGUCAAACUCAUAAAAGCUCUGUAUGAAAUGCAGGUGGAGGAUAUUGCCUUAGUCAACUGGGAGGACCUGACUGAAGUCAUCGGGGAUGUUCCUCCAGCAUAUGUGCAAAGAAAAUGGCACAAACUAAAAAUUUGUCAUGUUCCUCGUUGGCAAACCAUGUGUUUCGCAGACACGAUCGACUUUCUGUAUGAAAAAGUCCUACCCCGCCUCGAGAAGGAGCUAAAGAGCUAUGAGGAUGAUGAGGAUGAUACUCCGCCCAAGGUAAAACAGCAGGAAAGCUUCAGGCUCUCUGACAUCUUUCAUGACAUUGAUGAUGAUGGUAAUGAUGACGACGACAAUGAUGAUGAUGGUGGUGGUGGUGGUGGUAAGGUGAGGAGGAAAAGAUAAAGAAGAACCCCAGCAGGAAAUGACUUGGAUAUAAAUCACAGCAAAUGGGGCUCAGACUUUUUAAAUCUACUUCUGUACUGAAGAAUAUCCAGUGUUCCAUGAAGAUGGAAUUUUACUUAGAUUCUGG